AUGAAGUUUACCGAUAUUUUGUCUUUAGGACUUGUGUCCUCAGUCGCAUUAGGUCAGAGAUUUUCUAACUCUUCCUCAAUUGCCACAUCUGGUUCUGGUUCCAGUACCGUCCCAGUAAGCUCAUCUGUUUCUAGUGCUCCAGAAAGUACUGAAACUGUCGCUUCAACAGAAGUGGUUACCGCUUUCACCACUUACUGCCCAGAAGCUACUUCCAUUGUCACCAAUGGUAAGACUUACACUGUCACUGCUCCAACCACUUUGACUAUCACUGACUGUCCAUGUACUUUGACUCACAGCAAGAGCUCUGCUCCAAGUGAAUCUGGUUCCUCAUCUGCUCCAGAAUCUACUUCCACCAGUUACGUGACUUCUACUGAAGUGGUUUCAACUUUGACUACCUACUGCCCAGAACCAACUACUCUAGUGACAAACGGUGCUACUCACACUGUGACUGCACCAACUACAUUGACUAUCACUGACUGUCCAUGUACUUUGACUCACACCAAGCCACACAGCUCUGCUGCCCCAAGCAGCAGUUCUGCUUCUCCAUCUGGUACCGGUGCCGCAGCUCCAUCUGAAUUCACUUCUGCUGCUGAAUCUACUUCUACUCAGUACAUCACUUCAACUGAAGUGGUUUCAACUUUGACUACCUACUGCUCUGCACCAACUACCAUCACUACCAACGGUGCUACUCACACUGUGACUGCACCAACUACAUUGACUAUCAGUGACUGUCCAUGCACUGUUACUCACACCAAGCCACACAGCUCUGCUGCCCCAAGCAGCAGUUCUGCUUCUCCAUCUGGUACCGGUGCCGCAGCUCCAUCUGAAUCCACUUCUGCUGCUGAAUCUACUUCUACUCAGUACAUCACCUCAACUGAAGUGGUUUCAACUUUGACUACCUACUGCUCUGAAGCUACCACCCUCACCACCAACGGUGCCACUCACACUGUGACUGCCCCAACUACGUUGACUAUUACGAACUGUCCAUGUACCGUGACUCACACCAAGCCACACAGCUCUGCUGCACCAGCAUCUAGUGCUCCAGCUUCUUCUGCCAAGGGUACGACCGAGGCUACCCAAUCUACCAGCGCUCCAGGUACCACUUCUCCAGGUAAGACCGAGGCUACCCACGCUGAGUCUUCUGCUCCAGCUUCCACUGAAACUCAUGGUACCGCUGCUCCGGGCAAGACCGAAGCUACUCCAAAGACUGAAGCUUCUCCAAAGACUGAAGCUUCUCCAAAGACCGAAGCUUCUCCAAAGACCGAAGCUUCUCCAAAGACCGAAGCUUCUCCAAAGACUGAAGCUUCUCCAAAGACUGAAGCUUCUCCAAAGACUGAAGCUUCUCCAAAGACUGAAGCUACUCCAAAGACCGAAGCUACUCCAGCUACCUCUGCUCCAGCAGCUCCACACGGUACUGCUGCUCCAGCUCCAGGUUCUUCUGCUGCUCCAGCUCCAGCUCCAGGUUCUUCUGCUGCUCCAGCUCCAGGUUCUUCUGCUGCUCCAGCUCCAGGUUCUUCUGCUGCUCCAGCUCCAGCUCCACAAGGUACCGCUGCUCCAGCUUCCGGUGCUGAAGUUACCGUCACUGCUUCUCCAUCUGAAACCGAAGUUGUUCAAACUCACUGGACCACCGAAACUAACACUGUCACCUCUGAACAAACCGUCACUGCUCCAGCUACCACUUUCACUUCUAACGGUGCUUCAUUCACCGCUACUCCUCCAGCUCCAGUGACUGUUACCGUGACUGAAUGUGGUUGUACUCCAGGUGCUCCAGCUCCAGCUGGUACUGCUGCUCCAGCUCAAGGUGCUUCUGCUGCUCCAGCUGGUUCUGCUGCUCCUCAAGGUACUGCUGCUCCAGCUCCAGGUGCCCCAGCUCCAGCUGGUUCUGCUGCUCCUCAAGGUACUGCUGCUCCAGCUCCAGGUGCCCCAGCUCCAGCUGGUUCUGCUGCUCCUCAAGGUACUGCUGCUCCAGCUCCAGGUGCUCCAGCUCCAGCCGGUUCUGCUGCUCCAGCCCCAGCUCCAGCUGCUCCAUCUACCUCUGUUGAAACCACUUACUGUUCUGCCCCAACCACUUUGACUCACGCUGGUCAAACCACUGUUGUGUCAACUCCAGGUACUGUCACUCUCACUCACACUGUGACUCCAUCUGGUACUGGUGCUGCAGCUCCUUACCCAUCUGCUAACGGUUCAGCUCCAGCAACUGUCACCAAUGCACCAACUCACACUACUGAAGUUGUUUCUACUUUGACUACUUACUGUUCUGAAGCUACCACCGUUGUCACCAACGGUAAGACUUACACCGUUACUGCUCCAACCACUUUGACCAUCACUGACUGCCCAUGCACUGUGACUCACACUGGUAACAGCACUGUUGCACCAACUGUUGCUACAACUACCCCAGCCGGUAACGGUUCAGCUCCAGCAACUGUCACCAAUGCACCAACUCACACUACUGAAGUUGUUUCUACUUUGACCACCUACUGCUCUGAAGCUACUACUGUUGUCACCAACGGUAAGACUUACACUGCAACUGGUCCAACCACUUUGACUAUCACUGACUGCCCAUGCACUUUGACUCACGGUGGUAACAGCACUGUUGCACCAACUGUUGCUACAACUACCCCAGCUGGUAACGCUUCUGCUCCAGCAACUUCUGCUCCAGUUGAAACCGGUAACAGCACUUCUGUUGCUGCACCAACUUCUGCUCCAGUUGAAACCGGUAACAGCACUUCUGUUGCUGCACCAACUUCUGCUCCAGUUGAAACCGGUAACAACACUUCUGUUGCUGCACCAACUUCUGCUCCAGCUGAAACCAACAGUACUUCUGUUGCCGCCCCAACUGAAUCCAGUGCUUCCGCCCCAGUUUCUUCUACCGAAACUCCAUCUUCUGCUGAAUCAUCUACCAGCGCUACCGUCGCCCCAACUGCCUCUGGUUACAGCAACGGUUCUUCUCCAAUGAGUGGAUCUGUUAGAAACGCCGUUAACACCGGUUACUCUAUUAGUGUUACCUCUAACGCCGCUAACAGAUUGGGCGCUGGCUCCUUGUUCGGCUUAGCUGGUAUGGUUAUGAUGAUGCUAUGA